UGAGCUCUGUCAAUACUUUCCACAUCUUUUUGUAUUCAAAUUUCUCACAACCCAGAUUCUCAGUUCAUUUAGCAACAGUAAGACUGGCGCCAGAUGCGAGUACAAGGAGGAAAUAUGAUUUAGUCAUGUAACGUUAAAAAGUAAUCAAAUUAUUGAUUGAGGUUAGCUUAAUCGUGGCUCAUUAAAACCCUAAUUUAAUCAGUUCCUGAUUUGUUGAGAUGCGUUUAAUUCAAAGUAAAAAUAUUAAUUGACAUAAUUAAAUUACUUCGGAGUUAACUUCUCGAAUACAUUAACGAAGUCCAUUGAAAAGCCCCUUUGAUCUUGGCUGGUGACAGCUCUCCGCGGGUAGGAACCAGCCUCUGUUGUUUUCCUUGUUUCUGCCCCAGCAGACUCAGGAGGAAUGGUGGCCGGUUAGCAGCAGCUGUUGGAUUAUCUUGUUAAUAUUGUUUGGCAUUCGGUUGUUUUCUCAUAAUAAUGAAUUUACUACCCUCUAAUCCACACGGGAAUGGUCUCCUUUAUGCUGGAUUUAACCAGGAUCAUGGAUGCUUUGCCUGUGGGAUGGAAAAUGGAUUUCGUGUGUACAACACAGAUCCUCUCAAAGAGAAGGAGAAACAAGAGUUCCUGGAGGGUGGGGUUGGCCAUGUGGAGAUGCUGUUUAGGUGUAACUAUCUGGCACUAGUAGGAGGAGGGAAGAAACCCAAGUACCCAACUAAUAAAGUGAUGAUCUGGGAUGAUCUAAAGAAGAAGACGGUCAUUGAGAUUGAGUUCUCCACAGAAGUCAAAGCGGUGAAGCUUCGGCGUGACAGGAUUGUUGUAGUCCUGGACUCGAUGAUCAAAGUCUUCACCUUCACCCACAAUCCCCAUCAACUGCAUGUGUUUGAGACCUGCUACAACCCCAAAGGCCUGUGUGUGCUGUGUCCCAAUAGCAACAACUCUCUGCUGGCGUUCCCCGGGACUCAUUCGGGCCAUGUUCAAAUAGUGGACCUGGCCAACACAGAGAAGCCCCCAGUUGACAUCCCCGCUCACGAAGGGGCGCUGUGCUGCAUCGCUCUCAACCUUCAGGGCACAAGAAUAGCCACAGCAUCCGAGAAAGGGACUUUAAUUAGAAUUUUCGACACCUCUGCAGGCCAGCUCAUACAGGAGCUAAGAAGAGGCUCGCAGACAGCUAAUAUUUACUGCAUCAACUUUAACCAGGAUGCGUCCCUCAUUUGCGUGUCCAGUGACCACGGCACAGUGCACAUCUUUGCCGCAGAAGACCCCAAAAGGAACAAGCAGUCAAGCUUGGCAUCAGCCAGUUUUCUUCCCAAAUACUUCAGCUCGAAGUGGAGCUUCUCCAAGUUCCAGGUCCCCUCAGGUUCUCCCUGUGUGUGUGCCUUUGGAACGGAGCCCAACGCCGUCAUAGCCAUUUGUGCUGACGGCAGCUACUACAAGUUUCUGUUUAACCAGAAAGGGGAGUGCUCCAGAGACGUGUACGCCCAGUUCCUGGAGAUGACUGACGAGAAGAUAUGACCUUUGACCCCGCUGCAGACUUCCUAUUAAGCAAACCGUUUUGGUUUUCUCUCUUUUGUUUUGUUUUAAUUUGGAGCCGCUAGGAGAGGUCCCGAGUUGCACUUCUCCUAAUCUUGACAGACUCUGUGAAAGAGCAACAGAUCAAGGGAGGAGGGGAAAAAAAGAGAAGCUUGGACUUUGUUGCAAAGUUGGACGGACAGAAGUAUGGACAGUGAUGCAGAUUUUGACUCUGGACAGAGGGACAUGGACGCUGACUCAACUCCCAAACCAAACAACAAAAAAACAAAGGAAAGCUUUUUUUUUUUUUAAAAGGACAACUUGCCGCUUUUUAAGACGUCUUCCGGGAGUUUACAAAGGAUGGCUAUUUUUAAUCACAUAGAUGAUUCUGAUAGUUAGAUGGAUUGAAGAUAUUUUUUUUGUCAACUAACACCACCUAAUUGAACUAUAGGGAGUGCCUCUGGAGAGAAUCUGUAUGUGUGCUCAUAUAACUGUGGUCAUAUAUACAUCCACGUGUUUAUGUACACGAAUGUUAUUGAGCGUCUGCAAAGCAGGAUCAGAAGGAGGUCCCGUUGUUUGUCCACAUCCUCCACGUCUUAAAGGUUCAUAGUAACAUCUGCAGCACCGACUCAGACUCUGCAUUGUCAAACGCCUCCUUAGUAUUACUAGGUUUUCUUAUAGCCAGUGUAUAUACACAACUCGACAGACUGAACUUCUAACCAUAUAAAUCUGUACAGAAUUGUAGCAGAAAAAUUAACACGUAUUUUUGUUUCAUGCUUCCUUUUUUUUUUCUUUUUCUUUAAUACGCCGUGCAAUACUUUCUGUUUCCCAAAAACUUUUCUAUGUUAAAAGUUUGUGAAAGAAGUCGAUUGUUGUUUCUACGUAAAUGAGAACACUUAAAGAAAGUGUGUGACAUUACAUUUUCAGAAAUACAAGUCCACUGCGGGUUGGAUGGGUGAGCAGAUUGAUGCCGUUCACGUCUGUUUGGUAAAUGUAAUGUUUGCAUCUGCUUAGCGUAAAGACGGGAAAAACAAAAUAUGUCUGCCAGUUCCUCUAAUGUCGUUCUAAAGGAAAGUACGAGAGUUUUCUUGUGGCUACGAUCAUUAUGUAGCCGUGAGCAUUUUCAUUCCCAUUGUGGGUUCAACGGUUUUGUGUGUAUUAAAUACCAACAAAGUUAAAAUGUGCUAAUUAGUGAUCUUAAAUUGUGCGAUUAGCUUAAUCUCAGUAUGUGCAGACGUAGCUGUUUGCCCAGUUUAAGCUUUGUCUUACCUACAGAGAACGGCAUUGAUCUCAUCGUCAUCUAACCGUCUGCGUGGAGCUGACAGGAUAUUUCUUAGAACGCCACAGUGUUUCCUUGAAGAGUGUGAAAGUGGAGUGUUUGUUGUAUCUACUGAACAGGGAGCUUAAGAACCAAACACGGUUUACAUCUUAUCUCACAAAUUUAUAAGAUAUCAGAUUUAACCAGAUCAACUCUAAAAGGUUUUAAACUCUAAGGCUGCACUUCAUGUUCUGUGUCACUGGUCUAAAUGCGAUUUAAACAAAGUAAAUUUAAUCUUAGAUUAAAUUAAAGUUCUUCUGAAAGUUGACUGCGCCACAUGCUCUGUUAAAAUUCCCUCUACUCCCUUUGGGGACGCGUCCGUCACCCCGCUCGUUCAGCUAAUCCAAAUCAGGGACUCUGAAGUGCUACGUUGAAGCAGGAGAUCUGUUCAGUGCGGAUACACCACAGUGUUGUUGGAUUGUUUUGUUUUGUUUUGUUGCGUUUCAUUUGUCAUGUUGCUUGAUGGCUUUCCACUGAUUACUCGUUUGUUUUGUGGUGAAACGCUACAGGCGUCACGCCAAACACACACAGCGCCGAGCGCAGGAGGGACGCUGCACGAAGUGGCGGGCAAGCUUCUUCUCUGACACACCUGAGCCCCGUUUCCACUCUGGUUUGAAAGAGUCUCGGGCGAUCGGAUCACGAGUGUAAGAUCAAGACCCGCUCUGAUUCUGAGAACUGCACUUGAGAUUUUUUGUCAUACGUUGCGAAAUGCGUUGUUUAACCGAACCGUUUUUGUUUUGUUUGUUUCGAGCAUAAAGAAAGUCUGACUUUUUUUUUGUAUGUUUACUUUAAUAGUGCUGGCUUUGAUAAAUACCAAGCUGCACUUGUGCCAUCCGAUCCCCCGAGAUACUGUUCAAAUCCGAGUGUGAGCAGGAUCUCAGAAUGAUUGUAAAACCUGCACUCAAAGUUAUGAAUAAAUUUUAACAUCUGCUUUUACA